GGUGGGGGCGGGGCCGUGCACAAUUCCUUCCUGGCGCCGCACCCCCAGCGCGGAGCGGUGGUGAGGGGUGCUUUCAGUUCCAGCUGAAGAAACAAACUGAUCUACAUGUGCUUCACCAUUCAUUGGAAGAAUGACAGAUGACAAAGAUGUGCUUCGAGAUGUGUGGUUUGGACGCAUACCAACCUGCUUCACUCUGUAUCAGGAUGAGAUAACUGAGAGGGAAGCUGAACCUUAUUAUUUGCUUUUGCCAAGAAUAAGUUACUUGACACUGGUAACAGACAAAGUGAAGAAACACUUCCAGAAAGUUAUGAGACAAGAGGAAGUUAAUGAGAUAUGGUUUGAAUAUGAAGGUACGCCACUGAAAUGGCAUUACCCAAUUGGUUUGCUGUUUGAUUUGCAUGCAUCAAAUACAGCCCUUCCUUGGAGCAUCACAGUGCAUUUCAAGAAUUUUCCGGAAAAGGAUCUUCUACACUGCCAUUCUAAGGAUGUGAUUGAAGCUCAUUUUAUGGCUUGCAUAAAAGAAGCAGAUGCUUUAAAGCACAAAAGUCAAGUCAUCAAUGAGAUGCAAAAAAAGGAUCAUAAGCAACUGUGGAUGGGGUUACAGAAUGAUAAAUUUGAGCAAUUUUGGGCUAUAAAUCGAAAACUCAUGGAGUAUCCUCCAGAAGAUAGUGGAUUUCGGUACAUCCCAUUUAGAAUUUAUCAGCCUCACUGUAUUUCAAGGUUGAAUCUGUCAGACUUCAAGUCCAAGUUUUACAUUGCCUUCCACCUCUAUAAAGCCUUCGGACUUUCUGACCUCUGCGUUCACUAACAGCGAGUUGCAUAGCUUAAUUUUACUUCAUGAAGUGAAUCAAUGGAAUUCUUCAAACUUGCUUACUGGUACUGAAAUUUUGUGGUCUUUUUAAACACCAGCUGAUACUUUGAAAAUCUUCAAGAUUGGUAUUGAAGUUCAGGCAGAGUAGAGGCAAUCUGUGAAGUGUUUUGAUUGAAAACCCCGUAGAAAUAAUACUUCAAGUUUAGGUAGGAUAGAGUUAGCUGGUACUUGAAACUGCAGAUCGGCAAUUUUACCUUUUGUCAUAAGAUUGUGCAGUAUCUAGUCAAGCAGGACUAAAAACGUGACUGCUACUGACCUGAAGAGGGCAUCACAACACAGCCGGUUUUGUUGGCUUAUGCAAAAUGCUCUUGAGUAUGUUUCUAUGUAAUACCAUAUCUGCCUUUAUAUCUUUUAAUACAUAAGUAACCUUUUUGUAAAGAACUUGCUAGUAAUAGGCUGAUUUAUUUCUUCAAAAAUUUUCUUUUACAAAGAUUGAGUAGAUAAUAAAAUAAUGUGAAAUGGUCAUUGAUUUGACUGAAUUUCUGUGCUUGAAAGGAAAAAAGCAUUGCUGGUUAAUCAGCAAUUGAGUACACAGAAUGGCUAUUCUAAUAGUUGGUAGUUCAACAUUGAAGAAGAGUAGCGUAUUUUCACCAGUUGUAAAUUACUUCAAAAAUGAAAGCUCUGUGAAUGAGAAAGUUUUUAAGAUUUGGGCAAAUAUGUCUCAUAGGGUCUCAGGAAAGUUCUGUGGAAAGUUCUGUAUGAGCAGGAAGAUUCAUAACCUACGAUGCAAAUUUGUUUACUGUGAAGAGACUUUAUGGAACGUAUGUGCAAGAUCAGCCUUUUGUCCUUAAGAAUCUGUGCAGCAUUGAGGGCUGUAAUCAGAGUAGAAGAAAAAUUCUGAGAUUAUAUUUGCUGUCAGAUGUAACUGAAGUUUAUGUAAAUAUGCCUGAGCUGUCUGUAAAGCUGUCAAUCUAACUAGUUCAAAGCUGUUGUAGAAGUUGCCUAAGAUAUAGGAGGGAAAUGCAGAAGAGAGGAGGCUAUAAAACCUCAGUUUGGGUAUUUUCUCUGAACCGUGGUUGAAUUGUUACCAUGCUUCAUAGUUUUAAGGUAGCUUGGGUUUGUCAGUAGGAGCCACAGUAAUACUUAUGAGUUGAAUGUAGACGUACUUUGCAUAAAAAUAAUAUAGUAUUUGGUUGUAUGAAAAAUAGCUUCUUUGGUUUCUUAAGUAUUUAACUAGUUCAAAACUACUUAGGGAUUUGUUCUAUUCUACCUGUUGGGGAAAAUUGGACAAUAUUUAAUUCUAAGUCCUUUAUCACAUACUCUUAGGUCCUGGAAGAGUCCAGGUGUAUUGAAAAUCAGCAGCAUCCCAGCAGUUAAUAAGUUCACUUUUAAAUAAUUAUAUCAACUUAUUUUUUGUUAGCAGAAUGUAAAUCACAUUUUAAGUUGUGAUGAAAUUAUUAAUGUUUUUGAUGGGGAAAAAGAUUCUAUUCUAUAGAGAUUCUAUUCUAUAUUCUAAAGAUUCUAUAAAAGAAGUCUAUUCCUGACUUGAAAAUGUAAUGUUCACCUUAACCUUGAAUGUUAACUCUUACAGAUGAAUAUGUGAGAGAUUGCAGUGAUGACGGUAAAUGAAGCAAUAAUUCAAUUUAAUUAGGUGUGUUUAGAUUUACUGCUGGAUUCUCCUAUUCUUUUUAUUAUAUUAUUGUGUUUUUUCUGAUCAUUACAUUGGUUCAUCUUCUGUUUCACUCACUUCUGUAAAUGCAAACUGAUUUGCCACUUUAUGUACUUACAUAGUCAGCUCCCUGAAUCUUGCAGUCUGUAGCCUUAUUCUUUUGAUUUUUCUCUUGUGCUAGAAAGGAAUAGCAAGGGGAAAAAGAAAAAUGUGAAUAAAAUGGGUUAACUUCUGCACAAAACUGAGGGUCAAUAAAUACAGCAAAUGUUCACUUUUUUUAGAAAGUGCCCAUAUUUGUUUGCACUUUUCUGAACUCUGAAAGUAAGUUGUACUCAGGUAAGUGUGGAAUUAAAUAAGCUUAUGAGGAACUAGGAUGUGGCACCAUUCCAUAUGAAUACAUUAUGAAUUAACAAACAUAAAUGUCUGUGGUUUUGCUACCCAUAAUCAUAAGAGUUCCUUCUAGUUUGAUCCUAAUUGUGGAAAAUUUAGGAGAAUUACUGGUUUUAAUAUGUAAGUAGAAUAAUAGUAUCAUAUAAGUUACUGUACAAUUCAGUGAUUUAAAGCAAAUGACAUUUGCUUCUUUGGAUGUAAAUCCAUAUUUACAGUUGUUUUCAUAGCUGGUCAAUACUCAGUUGCUUACUUUUAUUAAGACUUAGUUCUGCAUAUGCAAACCACAGUACUGCAAGCAUGAAAAGCACUAUUCAUUUUUUGUCACUGAUGAAUCAGUUACCUUAUUAAUUGCAAAUAUGAAUUCUCUUCUGGACAGAAGAUUUAAUACUUUGAGGAUACGCUUAUGUUGUAGGCGUCUGUCUUGCCAGCACUCAACAAAACCACCUCUUGGAACUGCCUGUACUGUUUGUGUUUUGUUACUAUUUGACCUUAUUGACUGUUGCCUGCUGGCUUUUCUGUAUGAAAUCACUCUUGAAUGUUGACUUUUCUCUCCUCCUAGGAGCUGUGCAAUUUAUUUAAGGUUAAAUACUGCUAAUUCAGUUGUUUAGAGGAUGUAGAGCUCCACAAACAAAUUUUAUGGAUCAUUUGAGGGACAAAGCUACAGGCUGAAUGGAGUUCAACUGUGUUUGUUAUGCAUCUUGUAACAUUUUGUAUAGAACUGGUACUGGAACUUCUGGUUGUGUGUAUACACGCUCUUGCUAAAAAUGACCCAUAGAGUGUAACAGCACAUGUGCUUUGGAUGUUGUUUGUUCCAACUUGUCUUAAAAAAGAAAGAGGGAAAAAAAAAAGAUUUUUAGGAUAUUCUGCCUCUUGAUUUCAGUGCCCCAAACUAUAUUUCCUUUCCUCAGACCACUUUUGUAAAGCAGCUGGAUGAAUAUAGUUUUCCAAACCUUUGUUCCCUUUUUCUUACAACACAUUUUGCAUAGUUUUUAGUAUGACAGAUGUGUUCUUUCCCUGUCAGAAAUGCUAUAGCGCAGAUGGUAUCCAAUAAAACACCUAUAAAACAAA